UUUGGCGGUCAUCGUUUGGAAUCAGUUUCAGGUCGAACGUGAAUCGUGGAGCACGCCAAAUGUACGUCCGGAAUUGUCUGCCGUUCCUCUGGAGCUGUUUGCUGAUCUCAUUGAGGGCCACAGCUAGUGGUGACGAGGACGCGGAUGCUGAUGUGGAUACUCCAUCUAGAAUCGUGCUGGUUUCCAGUUUGGAAGACCAUUGUCAAACGGAGGGCAAGGUAACCAGCUGCAGGGGUUUCGAGUUUGCGGGAGAGGACGAGAAGGCCACCUUUGAUCUGCCAACGGAGGUGCGGAUUGCUGAGGAUGGCACCACCUACGAGGUGGGCGAUGAGGAGCACUCGCGAACCCUGAUCUUCGAGAACUGCACCUUCACAAACUUUCCCCUGCGAUUAUUUUACACACUGGAGGUCAGUGAGCUGGACAUGCGAGGCUGUGGCAUCCGCUUCAUUUACUGGGAGAACUUCUCCAUUGGUGCGGAUAAGCUGGUGAUCCUUCUGCUGAGCGAUAAUCAGAUCGAAGUGCUGCCCACGAAAACCUUCAGGGGAGCCGGAAACUUGGAAUUUCUCUUCCUGAACCGGGAGGUGGGCGAGUACGCAUUCCGAUCCCAGGGACGACACCACCAGAUGCAGUACGUGGAUCUAUCGCAUAACCCCGAGCUGGUUGUGCUUCUACUGAACAUUAAUGCCACCAAUCUGACCGUUCGCAAUUGCUCGCUGGACCGUGUCAAUUUGUACGGAUCGGUGACGAAUGUCGAUCUGAGCGACAAUCGCGUGCGGGAGCUGUACUUUCCCGCCUCGGAGGCCCUGGAGCACUUGGUGCUGCGCAACAACUCCCUGAUUCAGCUGGCCUCGUUGAGCCGGGUGCCCAGACUCCGGCACCUGGAUGUGGCGGACAAUCCGAGACUGGGUCAGUUGCCCGAGGGCUGGCGGACGCCACAUCUGGAGAUGCUGGUGCUGCGGAACACGGGCCAGGUGGAGCUGCCGCUGGAGGCUCUGCAGGGUAUGCAAAAUCUGCAAAAGCUGGACAUUUCCGGUAAUAAUCUGACGGAAAUCGAUCCCUCCGCGUUCCCCACACUCACGCAACUCACUCACUUCUACAUUCAUGGCAAUAAUUGGAACUGCUUCAGCCUGAGAAACAUAAUGGAUGUUCUCAUCCGUGCCAAUGGCAUUGCCUAUACAGUGGACAACUACGAUCCGGAUUUCCCGGGGGAAUACUUUCACGGAAUAGCCUGCAUGUAUCGCUUGCCUGAAAAGGAGGGUGUGGAUUCCUCCUCCUCGGAAAUCUCUGCCAGCGUGGAGUCCUCCCCAAUAACAAGUAAUUCUGAUUCAAGAGAGGUGGACAAACUGCGUGAAGAACUCAGAGCGGUGGUGAAGCACUUUGAGUCAAAGUUCGAUUUGAUGUUCAAUAAACUCGCCCAAAUGAAUGAACAAAUUCAGGCCUUUGAAGUGCUCAACAAAACUGUUUGGAGCCAGGUGACCUUGUCUGUCUAAAGUUCUUCACAUUUUUGGGUCAAAAAGAUGUAAUAUAUUGCCUAUUUUAUGUGAUCACUACAUUUUUAAAGC